AUGAGGCAUGGUGUAAGCGCUGGUGGCGGAACCCCACAUGUUGCGUCACAGUCCCAGCCAAAUAAUAAACGGUCAGCAAGAAACAGUCAGACACGCGUGCCAAACUUCAUGGAGCGUGCAAUGGAUCGCCUUGUAUCAUCUAUUGAGGACCACGGUCGAAAGCGUGGUACAGCUCACCAUAGGGCCGGCAGCCCAAUGGACUCUGAUGCGUCAGACGAUGAUAGUGAUGAUCACUAUUUCAGGCAUGUUGUCGCGGCUGCCACUUUGUUAUGCGUCGGAUUUGUGUAUAGAGAACCAUCACGCCAAAGGCACACUUCUGGUUGGGGAGGUAGGAUAAGAGUGGACUACUAUCUUAAUGGGAGUCCAGAAGUAAUUUAUGAUAAAGUUCGCAUGAGUAGUGAGGCUUUUAGACGCCUAUCUUCUAUCCUUGAGGAAAGGGGAUUACUGCAACCGACAGUCAACCUUAAUGUUGAUGAGCAAUUAUUCAUAUUCCUUAUAAUACUAUGUCAAAACCAAACUAAUAGGGAAGCGCAGGACCAUUGGCAGCGCUCGGGCUCCACGGUAUCGGAGUAUUUCACAAAAGUACUUGAAGCGGUUUGCCAAUUAAAAGUAGACUUCAUUCCGCAUCCAGAUUUUACUGCCGUCGAUCCUCACAUAAUUGCAGGUGGGAACAAGUAUUCGCCGUGGUUCGAUUUUGUUAAUUUGAAAAAUUGUGUUGGAGCACUAGAUGGUACGCACGUUCCAUGUGUGCCUCCCCGUGAAACGGCCGAACUUUACAGGAAUAGGAAGGGAUAUUUCUCGCUUAAUGUGCUUGCAGUUUGCUCAUUUGAUAUGAGAUUUACGUACAUGCUAUCUGGAUGGGAGGGUUCAGCACAUGAUGCAAGAGUACUUGCAUCCGCAUUAGAUCACCCACGGAAACGAUUUCUAAUUCCGCCACCAGGAAAAUUCUACCUCAUCGACUCAGGCUACGCAAACAACGGAUGUUUCAUGGCACCAUAUCGGGGAACAACAUACCAUUUGCAAGAGUAUAGGAAUCGACGGGGUAGAGGCUUCCGCAAUGAACGUGAAUUGUUCAACUACACGCACUCCUCCCUGCGUAAUGUAAUCGAAAGAACAUUUGGUGUGUGGAAUGCCAGAUUUCGUAUUUUGAAAACCAUUAACCGUUACCCCAUUGAAAAGCAAGUUAAGGUUCCGGUUGCAUGUGCUAUAAUUCAUAAUUUUAUCCAUAUGUACCGUAAUGGAGAUAGACUAUUAGAUCAGUACUCACAGGAUGGCGUUCCGGUUGUUGACAUUGAUCCACAGAAUGUUGAAGAGGAUGUCAAUGACAAUAACAACCACGAAGGACAACCAUUAAAUAAUGAACCGAAACUGGAGAUGAAUGCAUUAAGGGAUGCAAGAGCACAUACAAUGUGGGCAGUGUACCGUAAUCGUCGUACGAGCUAA